GCUCGCAGAGCGCCAGACUCUCUCUCUCUCUCUCUCUCUCUCUCUCUCUCGGAAAUGGAGUAUGAGAGGAUUCACAAAGUUCAGAUGGGAGUAAUUUCUCCCAGUAAACUCAGGAUAAAACUAUUAGGAUCUCACGGUGGCAGAAAGAAGGAAGGAGGGAACAGUUCAUCCAGAACAUCCCCUUCCAAGCUAGAGGAAAUGGAGCACUCGAAGCACAGCCUAUUAGCUGGAGAUCUUGACGAAGAAGUUAGCUUGAAAGACUCCAAAGAUGCAUCUUCCCUGAAUGUUGGUGCGAGUUCGGAAGUUCCGAGAUUGGAGUUGUCUGUUAAGGAGGUUCUCGGCUAUGGACAAGGCGAUCAAACUCCGUCUUUCCGAAAGGAGUUUCUCCCCAAAGGGAAAGCUGACAUCUGCUGCAACAGAGCUCAGGACACUGUUAAAUCUGUUUCUGGCCUGGCUGAGCCAACCAGCAACUUGAGCAUGGUACAUCCGAUGCGAUUACCAGACGAAGAAAGCUUCGAUUAUGACAGUGGACAUGACAAUGGCAGUGCACGCAGCUUUGAGUUCCAUAAAGGCGAGAGACCAUCGCAGCAAGCGAGUAGCCCCUUUGUCAGGAAUCUUCCAUCCAAGUGGAACGAUGCAGAGAGAUGGAUUGUUCAUCGACAAAUUACGCAUGUCAAGUCAAAUGUUUCGAAGAAGACUGCUGCACUGAAUCUUGGGAGUCUCCAAGUCAUUUCCAACCGGGUGGUGUUUGUUCCGGAAUCUGCGAGUGCAGACCACAGGCACUCUCUUAUGCAGGAACCAGAUGCUAAAACGAGUAGUUCCACGAAAUCUACCUCACAAAAUGUGGCCGACAAGUUCUCUUUUGCUCCGAAUUCCUCGCAGUCCAGUUUGGAUUCGACUAGCGGGUUGACAGAUUUAUCUUCAGUUAACAGCACUUAUGGUGGUUGUUUUAAGAAAGAGUUUAAUCAUGCUGUCUCAGAAAAAUCUACGGCUAAAGCGACAGUCAGCCCGUUAGUGCAGUCGGUUUCGAUGAGAGAUGUGGGAACAGAGAUGACACCUAUUCCUAGCCAGGACCCAUCGAGGACUGAGACGCCUGUCGGAGCCACGACCCCGGCCCGUACUCCACUUUCUUCAAUACCAUCGAGUCCCAAAAAAGGAGCACAAGCAUCAUCUGCUGCAGAAGCAAAUACACAUGAUCAAUCAAGAAAGAGUGAGAACUCUGGGAACAGAGAAUUAUCUGACAAAGAACUGCAACUGAAAACAAGGAGAGAAAUAGCUGCCCUUGGCAUACAACUCGGUAAGAUGAACAUCGCUUCCUGGGCCAGUAAAGAUGACAUGGCACAUGCCUCUCCCCCCUUGGACCAGGAAAAGAUCAAGAAGACAGAAUAUGAAGCCCGUGCAGCAGCAUGGGAGGAAUCUCAAAAAUCUGAAUAUACUGCUAGGCAUAGACGAGAAGAGGCAAAAAUACAAGCGUGGGAGAACCAUCAGAAGGCAAAAUAUGAAACUAAACUGAGGAGAGUUGAGGCCCAAGCUGAACUGAUGAAAGCCCGAGCACAGGAUAAGUUGGUUGAGAAGCUAUCAUUAACACGCCGGCGAGUAGAGCACAAACAAGCCGUUGCUGAAGCCAAAAGGAAUCGACAGGCUGCUAUAACAGCUGAACAGGUAGAGCAGAUACGGCAAACCGGUCGCGUGUGUACACCGCAUAUCUGGUGCUGUAGUUGGUUUUUCUGAAUUGUAUCUCCAUAAUUUUGGAAUGAGUUGAGUUGCGGCUCAGUAUAGGAUUAAUGCAAGGCUCGACCCUUUUUAAUGAAUAUGAUGAGACAUAUUCUACUCAUCAACUGCAUACUGUCUCAAUGGAAGCCAUCAGAACUUUUUCUUCCAAUGUUAAACAUGCAUUCCUCA